AUGUCAGAUGUACCAUGGGAAAGCGAAGGGAAGCGAAACUACAUCUGUAUGCAGAAUAUUAUCAUUGAUGUUGUCAGCGAAGGAUUGAGGAACGUUUUUAAAAACGAAUGGAACACUCGUUAUCAGGCAAGCUUGGGAGCAUGGGAUGACACCAGUGUAAGUGGCCUGCAGUUGUUUCAUCGAGAAAAUACACGAUCAAGACCAAACAAGAACAUGUACCAAGCGAAAUUUCAACAAGGAGAUACAAAUCAAUGGGAUUGCUCUGUGCUUUUUGACGCAAUUCUGUACUCCAACUCGAUUGGUAAAUCAAGCCUUAAUCCAACGAUUAAGACUGAAGUGGAUAAUAUUCGAAAUAUGCGAAAUAAAAUUAUGCAUGCUGAUGACACAACUCUAUCUGAUGCUGACUUCCAAACCAUGAUCAGUGAUGUCGAAAAGGCAUUUAAAUCCCUUAGUCUUCCAGUUCGUGAUAUUACGCAAAUGAAAAUUAAGAGAAACCUUUACAAAUCAUUUCAUGUUUUACCCCCAAAGCCAAGCCACGAAGUUGUUUACCGUUCUGAGAAGAUCAAGGAAAUACAACAAAAACUGCAGAGGUUGCGCAUUGAUAGCGACGGCAAACUAACAUAUUUCUACAUUUCCGGAAAUCCCGGAAGUGGAAAAUCGCAGCUAUCCCGGCAACUUGGCGAGGAUUUGCUUAAAAGCGCGAAUUGGGAAGCAGAAGCAACAUUUGUAAUGACAUUGAAAGCAAAAGAUUUAGACGCUCUUCAGCACUCAUAUGAAGAUUUUUGCAGACGUCUAAAUUGUUCUGAGAGUUCUUUAAUAACUGUAAUGAAUUCAUGCAAUCCACAAGUUGAAAAGAUCAAAGAUUUAAGAUCACUGAUUGAAAGCAGAAUCAAGAAUUGGAAAAGGUGGUGGAUUAUAGUAGAUAAUGUGGAAAUUCUCGAGGAUAUUUCACCCUUACUACCUCAAAUGGGCGACGAAGUUUGGAAUAAUGGUCAAAUUAUAAUAACAAUUCAGAAUACAAAUGAAGUCCCUUCUGAUAAUCUGCGAAAUCAACGUAUUUCACUUAGUCGUGGCAUGAAGGACGAAGAAUGUCGUCAGUUACUUUCCAUAUUAUCAGGAACUGAUGUUAAUGAUCCAUUACUUGAUGAAGUUGCUGAGAAGUUAGAUUUCCAACCGUUGGCUAUAGCUGCCGCAGCUGUAUAG